AUGACCAAUUUCAUUGGUGCUGGAAUUAUUUCCGUCCAUCCCACCCUCACCGAGAAGUUCGGUGUCGAGAUUCAGGACGUUAGCUACUUGACCUCAAUUCACAUGAGUCACACAAUCUUCCUCAAGGGUCCUGCCUGUUAUUUGGUUGCACUGGAAAUCACAAAGCUAGAAGGUGAUGAAGAAGCUGGAGAGUCGAAGACUGUAUUCUACUCGUAG